UCAAAUCUCCAUUAUGUUUUAUGUGCGGUAAUCAUAUAGACACGAUUCGACUGGCAUUAGCUCCAUCUUAUGUGCACCAUUUGAAUUUUAUUGGUGAACAUUGAUAUUUGCAAACUGAAUUCAUACAAUAUAAUAGUAAUUUAUUUAUACUUUACUUGAUCUGACAAUGAAUUUUAUGUGCAGUGACACAUAGUUGAUAAAUAUUAUUACCGGCAGAUAAAAUAUAAAAGCGCACAAUGAAAAGUUUAUUUUGUCAGAUAUCAAAAUGGCUGCCUGGAGCCGGCUCGAAAAAACGGUCGACCCGUGAUUAUAAAUACAAGAAGUGUAUCUACCGAGGUGGCGAACAUUUUCCCUUGCUUCGUAUGCGCAUCGGAGGCAGAUCGGAUUCCAAUUUCAUUGCUUUAUCCGGCGGAGAUCUGUUGCCGGGAACAUCCUUCGGACUUGUCUGGGAAUCGUCUUCCAGUUUCAACGCAAUGUACAGAUGCCCAAGGCAGCUCCUCACAGCAACAGUGCCACACCUUGAAGUGCAUCAAAAUGUUUCUCGGAUCGGACAACUGCACCGUUCUGAAGGCCGUGCGUAAGUUUUGCUCAAGUUUAGAAAGUUUAUAAAUACAAUGGUUUUGUUAACCGCAUUUCAAUACACAAUCGAUGUUGCUGG